AUGGUGGUCACACUCAGACGUCUGAUCAUUUGUGUAGAUGGCACAUGGUAUGGGCCAGAUGGGAGCACAGCAAAUAAUACAGGAAACAAUAGCAACAUCUUCCGCAUAUACGCUUCCAUCAAGCAAGGCAAGUUUGUUGAGGACAACGGAAGAAUAAUCGAGCAGCGAUUCCUUUACUUCGAGACAGCGAAGGAGAGUCCUGUCAUCCAGCUCAUUGGGGCGCUCGAUACUGUCAAGGCAACAGAUGAUCAGUCAUUGUUCGAUCUCUCCUUCACUCAAAACGCCCGACAUGCGCGCCACGCCUUGGCCUUGAAUGAAGAUCGUGCUACUUUUUCGCCGACGCUAUUCAAUACAAGCUCAGAAUAUACCGCGCCACGAGCCUCCACAUCUAUGAUUCAAGCGUGGUUUGUCGGAAGUCACUCCGACAUCGGCGGCGGCGAAGUUGCAGAUGGACUCUCGUUAUAUCCUCUGCAGUGGAUGCUCAUCGAGAGCAAAGCAUUGGGCUUGAAAUUGGAACACAACCCCAAGGGCCAGGCAAAAGGUUUAAUUGAGAAUCCUCUCACGUUGGCAUUUCCAUCAACUGCAACAGGCUCCGAUUCUGCCUCCGAGCCAUGGGGCUUUACCCACAGGGACGGCGUCAAAAUAACCAUGUACGAUCUUCGCACUUCUCACAACCAUGGCAAUUUGAGCACCGUCCACCUAAAUAGGCUUCGGAAGAAGUCUCCGAACCCUGCUCGUAUGAAGAAGUGGUCAAUAGGCAUUUCGUGGCGUUCAAAGCAAAAGACCAGACAGAUACCCGAAAGCAGUGAUUCAACCACUGUGAACACAGAUGCUAGCAGUGAGUUGUCAGAACCAAUGAAUCGUCCACACAUCAUCAAGGUCAACACCAAGGUGCUGUCACUCGGUGUUCCGAGGCCAGUAUUUGAGAAAGGUGGAGGUGGCAGACUUGCCGGACACUCUGACCAAGGACAUAGCUUGACGACAAUACACCCAUCCGUCUACUUUCUUCAAGACGUUUAUCCACGCCUAGGCAUUAGUAAAGAGCUGAGGCAAUUUGCCUCUGAUCUUGCAGAAUAUCGGAAGUGCAACUACGUGCUCAGGGCGAAACUAGACCCCUGGGUUCUCGAAAGGCAGUUUCGAGGAGCGGACUUUGAACGAAAAGAUUUUCGGAUUCUUAUCUGUGGACGAGCGGGGAUAGGAAAGUCCACCUUGAUCAACAAAGUUUUUGGAGAAGACCUGACCAAGGAAUCACAUAGGGAGCACGGCCAGCACAAUAUUGACGAAGGCUUUGAACUUGAUACUCGGCCAGGACUCAUCAUCCAUGACUCGUGUGGGUAUCACGUCGGUGGCGUGGACCAAGUGGCUAUUAUUGAAAAGUUCAUAAAACGGCGAAUGGCAAUGAAGGAUCCUAGCGAAGCUCUCGACGCGGUCUGGCUUUGCAUACCAACCGAAACAAACCGUAUGGUGGACGACGCUGAAACUAAAACACUCAAGAUUCUCUCCAAGUAUGCGCCGCAUAUUCCCGUUGUGGUUGUGCGAACCAUGAAAGACAAAUUCCUCGCCCUCGUCAAGGACACCAUACUGGAAGAACAUGCGCAACGGAAUGCCCCAAUCAAUUACCGGGAUAUCGCGGCGGAAGCGGAGGAGAGAUUGCGAGAUCGCGCCAAGGAAGAUGCAGAAGAACUGCUCGGCAAAGGGUUUGAUGCUGGCGCCACUCCUCUUGCAUAUGUCUCCAGGAACGACGGCCAGUCCGUCAAGCAGUUACUGGAAAUCACAUUGAACAUGACACACGACGAGAGCGCCCAAAUGAACUGCAUCGCAGCUCAAGUCAUCGACGUCGAACAAAAGAUCUCGCUCGCCGUCGCAGAAAGUAUACGUCUACUCCGCUGCGCCCAAGGAGUCUCCAUGGCGGGUUCUCCGCUAGUCUUUGCAUCCACUAUUAGCACGCCAACAAUUUCUAGACUGCUCUGCGAUAGUAUUCUGCGAUGCUUUGGGUUUACAUACGUCAAAGCUGCCGAUGUCGACGCCAUCAUGUCACGGGUCGUCUGGUGGAACCUCACCAAGUUCAUGGCCCAGACGGUCAGUCAGUCCGUUGUUGUCUGGGGAGGAGUGGUAACUGCUACACUCUUCACCCUGGUCGGCGGCAUCCCGAUCGCGUUGGGCGCACCACUGCUUGAAGUGCUGCCCGCAGCUCGCAUGAUUCUCAAGUGCGCUUGCGACCUUAUCUUGAUUCUCGAUCGCGCGCUCGAUAUUGCCGGCAAGCGUACGGUCAAAGAACAAAUCAAGCUGGCUACCGAUGAAUACAUUUCUCAGACAAAUUUUACAGGCGCCAAGGUCAUCUCAAGGAAGACGGUUGUGCACAGGCAAAUUGAAAACCUUAUCCCAAUCAUGACGCUGAAGUUUUACAAGCCGCUGCAGAUCUCGAAGCUGCAGACUGGCAUGGAGACCAUCAUCAAGAAUAGCAGAUUCAGUAACGGCAACGCUACCGACUUGCGCAAGUUGGGCUUGGAGACCGCCAGUGGUAGGACCUCGCUUGAUUCGUCGCAAUCUCAGGACGUGCAGGAGAUCAAAGCGUGGGAACGCAUAGUCGAGGGUAGACUCGAAACGAGUCCCUAG